AUGAAAUUGGAGAAGCCAGGUCAAGUAGCGCUUUUAUACGACGAUUUGUUUGUAAAAUUACAUUUUUGUUUUACAAGCAAAGCGGCGUUUGCGAAAAUUCGUAUCAGCGUGGUCGUGCGGACAGGAGCGGAGGCGGAAAGAUCUGUUGUCCUGUUUCAGGAGCAUCGAUUGGCGUUCUCUACUGCGUGUACGGGAAUACGUGCCUUGUACAAUGGUGUUAGGGGUGGUAUUUAUUUUUCAGGGCAUGGAGUUAUGUCGUACGGUUUUCGGUGCGGCCGGGCUCCACGCGGCCGGCCGGUACCCGCAGUGCCGCGCCGGUCGCCGGCUUUUACGCUCGCGUCACAGCAACUC